UCAGUCCUACAGUGCCAGGGAGCAGAGCAGAGCCCAGCCCUGCAGCAAACACAGAUGGGACCAUGAACUCCAGCCACAACUUUAGCCAGACCCCCUCAGGCUCCCUCCGUGGCAGGGGAGGCAGCUGGGACCAGCUGGGGAGCUUCCCUCAGGCUCCCAGCAUCCAUGGGGGGACCGGGGGUGUCCGCAUCUCCCUUUCCUUCAGCUCACCAAGCUGCCUGCCUCCUGGAGGUCCUUGGGGAUCUAGAAGAAGCAAUUCCUUCCCAGCUGCAAGUGGGAAGGAGGUGAUGCAGAACCUCAACGACCGCCUGGCUUCCUACCUGGAUAAGGUGCGUGCCCUGGAGGAGGCCAACGAGAAGCUCGAAAGUCACAUCUUGAAGUGGCACGAGCAGAGAGAUCCUGGCAGUAAGCAAAAUUACACCCAGUAUGAGGAAAACAUCAGCCACCUGCAGGAGCAGAUCAUGGACGGCAAGAUGACCAAUGCUCAAAUCAUUCUUCUCAUUGACAAUGCUAGGAUGGCGGUGGAUGACUUUGGCCUCAAGUAUGAAAAUGAACACUCCUUCAAGAAAGAUCUGGAAAUUGAAGUUGAAGGUCUCCGAAAGACCUUGGAUGAUCUGACCAUUGUCACAACAGAUCUGGAACAGGAGGUUGAAGGGAUGAGGAAAGAGCUCAUCCUCAUGAAAAAGCGACAUGAGCAGGAAAUGGAGGAACAUCAUCUACCAAAUGACUUCAAGGUCAGUGUUAAGGUGGAUACAACUCCAGGAGAAGAUCUGAUUAAGGUUCUGGAGGAUAUGAGACAGGAAUAUGAGUUUAUAAUAAAGAAGAAGCAUCAAGACUUGGACGCUUGGUAUAAAGAACAGUCAGCCACCAUGGCCCAGGAGGUGGCCAGUCCAGCAGCUGUUCAGAGCAGUCAAAGUGACAUCCAUGAGCUGAAGCGAACUUUCCAGGCCCUGGAGAUUGACCUGCAGGCACAGUGCAACAGGAAAUCUGCUUUAGAGAACAUGUUAUCGGAAACCCAGUCUCAGUACUCCUGCCAGCUCCAGGACAUGCAACGGAUCAUCUCCCACUACGAGGAUGAACUGAUGCAGCUACGCCAUGACCUGGAGCGUCAGCACAAUGAAUACAAGGUCCUCCUGGGCAUCAAGACCCACCUAGAGAAGGAAAUCACCACCUACCACCAGCUCCUGGAGGGAGAGAGUGAGGGGACAAAGGAGGAGGAAUCAAAGUCAAGUGUGAAAGCUCCAAAGAUCAAGGCCAUCACACAGGAGAGUGUCAAUGGAAGAAUAAUUCUUUCUCAAGUGAAUGAGAUCCAAAAGUGUGCAUAAGGCCAAUAAAAGUUUCUGCCUAUUGUAAGAACUACUUUUCUCCAAUGGAAAUCCUUGCCCAGACACAAAUGGGUGAGUCCUAAGAUGUAUCCUUGGAGUUAUCAAACUCAGAAACUUAUUUUUUUUUCUCUGUAACAAUCUCACCAGACAUUCCAUAAUGAUCUUAAUAUAUUGCUGGAAUUUUUGAAUCAAAGUAUGAGUUCAUGAGCUUUUUAAAGCUCUACUUUCCUACUACAAUCUUCAGAUUGCCAUCACUACAUAUCUGUUUUGUAGCCAAUAAAACUCUAUACCAGCUGCA